UGGCUGCGUAAUCUCAUCCCUGUGGACAUGCCCUGGACUAGUUUCUGCAGCCUCCUUGAGGAACAUAUUUUGAGCACUGCUGGGCUAAAGAGCUCAGAUUCUUUAUACUAUCAAUAAAAAAACCUGACAAUAUAUAAAAUUAAAAAAAAAAAAAACUUUACAAUACUGUUAAAUAGAGAAAAUUUUGUCCUUCCCUAGUGCUCUUUCUUCCUCAUUCAAUAAAGGUCAACCCUGAAAUGUAAAGGUACUCAGAGUCAUCCAGAAGACAGCUGUGGUCACAGAGCCUGCCAUGACACAAAACGAGGAACAGAGAAACAGUUACCCAGCUUCUGUUAUCCUUCAAGGUGAAAUACUGCAGGAGGAUUUUCUCUCAGUAGGACACCAGUGUCUUUCACAAGGAUCCUCCCCAAGUAAUUGUGGUCGUCACUUCACCAGAUCUUCAAAGCCACAGGUGCUUUGCUCCUGGGCUGCCUCUCCUUCUGCCAGAGAAGCGCUGACCCCAUUGCUUUCCCGCAACUGUGAUGACACUGCAGUAGAGGAGGCUGCAGAUCUGGCUCUUCGGCAGAUCAACGCUGACCGAAAAGAGGGCUACGUACUCAGUCUCUAUCGAAUUUUCAGUGUCCGAGAACAUACUCAGGAGACCAAUGGUUCUGUCUUCUAUCUCAUCUUGGACGUAGUAGAUACCAACUGCCAUGUUCUCAGCAAGAAGUUGUGGAAGGACUGUGCGAAAAGACCUACUCAUGAAACUGUUUAUGGUCAAUGUAAAGCAAUUAUCUACAUUAAUCAGCUAAGGAAAAUUGCUCAUCUGAGUACUUACGAGUGCCUUUUACAAUCAGUUCCACGCAGAAACAUUUGGGCAACAUGUCCUGACUGCCCAGUUGAUGACUGUCCGACUGAGCCCAGAUAUUUGGAGGCUGCUGUUCAAAGCCUUGCCAAGUUCAAUGAAAAAAGUGAACAGACUCAUUAUUUCUCUGUCCUUAAUGUCACAAAAGCUUCAAUGCAGUGGGUUGUUGGCCCUGCACGUUUUGUAGAGUUUACAAUUCAGGAAACAUCCUGCUCCAAAUCUGAUUCUGUUGCUGACAUCUCCAAGUGCAAGCCUCUCUCAGCUGAAUUAGCUAAAAUGGGCUUCUGCACAGGCUCUGUAAUAAGAAGUGACUUGGAACAGAAACAGACUGUGGAAAUAUCCUGCGAAAUCUACAAUCCAGAGGCCCCCGUCACUGAAGAAGGGAAACAGAAAGCUAACCAGAGAGCUAGAAAAUCCAGCCAGAGGCAUGAAGAAACUUUCCCUUCAGAAGCCAACCCUUUCUCCCGCUAUCUAGAAAAAACAGUGGGCUGGAUUAAAAUUCGUCCCCCUUCAACUAAGGACACCUCUUGCCAAAGCGUACCAGAAAGUCAAAGAGAACACAUAGAUGGAAAGCCAGUUCCAUCUGAGGCAGCAGGACCUAUCAGCAGCCUUCCAGAUACCUUUGGCAAUCCUGAUGGAGAAAAGAUUCAAGUAGACAAACCAGAUUUGACCAAACCGGUGACUGGACCAGUUAAUCUCCCUUUCCCUGAAGAACUUUCACUAUCAGACACAUGCCCAGGAAAAGCAAAGGAGAAAGAUUCCACCCUCGAGACUUUGCUGGCUAGAAAGCCUACCAAAGACUAGCCAGCAUCCAAGUCACCUCAACCACUGUAAUAAAAUGAUGGCCACAGUGACAGAGUGGUCUUCCCAUUUGUAUAAUAUCUCAAAAUAAAUUGCUCACUACAGUCUUCAUCUUUGGUA